UUUUAAGUUGGUGAUGUGUGUCCAAGAUGUAGUAAAUAUUUAUUGAGCAUAGAAUCUAAAAAGUGAAUAGUGUUUGAGUAUUAAAUGAUAAGAUAUGAGGCGAAUCUUAUCAUGAUUGAUGGAGCAAGAACGCUCAUCCAUUUGGACUCAGUCCUCUUUCGAAAAGCCAAAAUUUCAUACUCAUAUAGAUUUUGACGACUCUGGUGUCCGUGCAGAUGUGAUCCAAUCUCUUGAAAAGCGUAUUCCAAACCAUUUUCUUGUCAUUGCUCUUAUAAAACAACUGUGUUCACUUUACAUUGAUGAAGAGGAAAAGUGCUUAGAAACCUUCAACAAAAUAUGCGAGCAACUAGCCAAUAUGAAAAUUAUUCCGUUAUUUGCUCUUCAUGAAGAUUUCUCUGCCAUUCGUGAAAAAUACAUCAGUGCAUUUCAUAAUGUUCUUUUGACAACCAGUGAUAAAAAGGAAACAUGCGUUAAGAAAGUCACUGACUGUAAAAUAUUGUGUAAAUCAUCAGCUUCAAGUUCAAAGAUACUUGAUUACAAUGCAACUCGAUACAAGGAAGAAUUUGAAGAAAUUAUAAAACUAGGCAAAGGUGGAUUUGGAAGCGUUUACAAGGUUAAAAAUCGCUUGGAUCGUCGUGAGUAUGCUGUAAAGAAAGUUCAUUUAAGUGAAAAAGAUCUUGCAAAUUGUCUUAAGGUGUUACGUGAAGUUAAAGUUCUUGCACGUCUACGUCAUUCUAAUGUCGUUGGUUACCAGUCCGCGUGGCUUGAAUUCGUCAACAACGAGAAUUCUUUGGUGGCUUCAAGCAUUCCAAGAAUAUCAACGCAUCCCGAUCGAUUAGUUGAUCUUGAGUUUGAAUCGGAUUUUAGAAAACUAAAGACCGAGGAUCAAAGUGAAAGCAGUCAUAUUGUGUUCCAGACCUCCGACACAAGUAUAGAUGAUGAAAAGUCAAACACAAGUCAACAUACGUUUAGUCCACCACCCACCCCCGUGAGCGAAUCUCGGAGUAAUGGGAACAGUUUAGUUCCCAUAAACAAUUCUCGCAUCCAUAAAUCAGCAUCUGACGCUAAUUUUGGACGUUUUCGUAACUCAAAGUCCUACAAAAAUUCUCAUCAUCAUUUUUCACCGAGGAAAACCAGACGAACGACUCUGACAACUACUCAUACACUGAUGAAUCUGUCUCGGAGAUGUUUUGGGAUCGUAUUACUUAUUCAGAUGGAACUCUGUGACAUUACGUUAAGACACUGGCUGCAAGAGAGAAACAGUCAACUGUCAAAUAAUGAAGGUGGACUUGUGAAUAAAAAGGAAAACAUGAAAAUAUUCAAACAAAUUGUCACUGGUGUAAAAUACAUUCAUUCUCAAGGCUUAAUACAUCGAGAUAUAAAGCCAAACAACAUUUUCUUGAAUCGUACCAAACGCUACGAUGAUUCCUACGAUUAUUGUGUGAAAAUUGGUGACUUUGGUCUUGCGAGACCCGACAUGUUUGGUGAACAUUCCUUCGCGACAACAGAACUAACAUCAUUUAUAGAACCGAUUUCUCCAUUGUUCCCUGGAGAUACACCACCAUCCUCAUCAAGCCAGACAAAAGGUGUAGGUACUUGUACUUAUGCAUCCCCUGAGCAACUUCACAACAGAGACUAUAGCUCUAAAGUCGAUAUAUACAGUCUAGGUAUAGUUCUCUUCGAAUUCUUUCAACCUUUCAAGACGGAAAUGGAAAGGCAUACAAAUAUUAAAGAUCUGAGAAAGUCACAUGUGCCACAGGAGCUUAAAAAUUUAUGGUCUGAAGAGAAUGAUUUAAUUCUUCAAAUGAUGGCCAAAGAUCCUGAAAGUAGACCGUCUGCUGACGAUAUCUUAGAAAUGGAUAUUCUCAACGAGAAAAACAAGUGUUUUGCUGAAUUGAUGGUAAAGUUGGAGAUUGAACAGAAAGAAAAUGCCUUUUUACGUAACCGCAUUCACGCUUUGGAACUUGAACUGAAGGAGAAAGACGAACUGAUUGCUCAGUUUAAAGUUCACGACAAAACGUUGUGAAGAGAAGAGUAUUCACAACGUUGUGAUAUCUAUUUUAAUUUGUAGGUUUAGCUUCAUCAUAGAGACGAAAAUGGUUAGAAAUAGAGAUAAAAUAUUUUACUUUGGUGUAAAAUAAUUUUGACGAUGUGACUGUCGAUUAGAAUAUUUUGUGUUCAUUCAAAGCUUUUCAUUGUAGAUAAGUGAAAUGUUGAUAUUUUUGCUUGUAAAGAGUUUCGAAGAGUGUGUUGUGUGAUAUCCUGACAGAAAUUUAGUUCAACUUCAGUUUUAAAAGCAAAUGUUGUGUUCAACUUCGUGUUCAUUAAACAAGUAUAUUCAAACGUUGA